CUGAGGCUUGCCCACCGCGAAGAUCCCAGGGAGUCGUGUUGACGGAAGUUGCUUUGCCCCGCAGGCAGUCAGACGCUGACAACCAUGAACUCUUGGGCCAAGGGCAAGAGCUGCUUGGCCGCGGGCUUGCUACAGAAUCAAGUGGCCAUCGUCACGGGCGGGGGCACGGGCAUCGGAAAGGCCAUUGUGAGCGAACUCCUGCAUUUGGGCUGUAAUGUGGUCAUUGCCUCCCGUAAAUUUGAUAGAUUGAAAUCUGCUGCCGAUGAACUGAAGGCCAGCCUGCCUGCCAACAGCCAGUCUCAAGUCACUCCCAUACAAUGCAAUAUCCGUAAAGAAGAGGAGGUGAAUAAUUUGAUCAAAUCCACCUUAGAUAUUUAUGGGAAGAUCAAUUUCUUGGUAAACAAUGGAGGAGGCCAGUUCAUGUCUCCUGCUGAGCAUAUCACUUCAAAGGGAUGGCAUGCUGUGAUUGAAACCAACCUGUCAGUUUACAACUCCUGGAUGAAAGAGCAUGGAGGAUCUAUUGUCAAUAUCAUUAUGAGUACUAAAAAUGGAUUUCCAGGGGCUGCGCAUAGUGGCGCUGCCAGAGAAGGUGUUUACAACCUCACCAAAACCUUAGCUUUGGAAUGGGCCAGCAGUGGAGUAAGGAUCAACUGUGUCGCCCCUGGAGUCAUUUAUUCCCAGACUGCUUUUGACAACUAUGGUCAUUUGGCAGAAGAAUUAUUUGCAAGGAGCUGUCAGAGAAUCCCAGCUAAAAGACUUGGAGUUCCUGAGGAGGUCUCCCCCUUGGUAUGCUUCCUGCUGUGUCCAGCAGCUUCCUUUAUCACCGGACAGUUAGUGGAUGUGGAUGGCGGCCAAUCUCUGUAUAGUCACAUGUAUGACAUACCAGAUCAUGACAACUGGCCCAAGGGAACAGGGGACCUUACUGUUGUCAAAAGGAUGAAAGACUCCUUAAAGUGUGAAGCCAAGCUCUAACCUAAGGAAAGAAGGCGGUGUCCUGUGUCCCCAAAUGCCUUCAGUCUUGAGAAUGCCUUCAGUCUUGUAUACUUUAUAGGAGCUUAUAAUUUAUGGGGAAAAAUCGUCUGGUGCUUUUUUAAUGUUAUCAGUUUUGACUAUGCAAAAGCUAUUCUUGAAAUACAUGCAUUUUUAAGUCCCAACUAAUGACCUUUAGCUUGUGUUUUAAAAAAAAAAAUUUUAGGAAUGGAAAUUAACAUACUUUAGGAUUAUACUUUUUAUUUCUAAGAAAGGUAUUUGAAAAGUGAAAUAAUUUCAAAUUAAUAACUGAGUAUCAUGAUCUCCCAGAAGAUUUUACUAUUUAAUUGUAAAGGUGGGCAAUAAAUCUCAAUUGUGGCAUCGUUAUGAUUCUGGCAACCAGAGUUAUACAGUGAUUCAUUUUACCUGGCAAGUACUUUUGGAUCAAUAAAGCUCUAUGGUAAUUAUUGGUGUGUGGUUUGCUUUGCUCAAGAAGUCAAAUUUGUAUGAAAUCUCUUAAUUCAAAAGGAAAAUAAAGUUAUGUAUAAUA